AUGGGUCCUUUUCCCAUUUGUUUGAUCUCUUUGGGAUAUAGCCCUAGAAGUGCUAUUGCUGGAUCAUUUUUGUAGCCUAUGGUUUCAUCACCAAUGACUUUCAUUGAUUUGCUGAUCACUGUUAUGACCCAAAGUGGAAAAAAAUGCAGUUUUACCUCAACCAUGACUUUAUACUGGAGAAGAGACUGUGGAAACAAUUACAUAGUGAAGGUAUCAUCUGGCUAUACCAAGGUCCCAAAGCCAUUAUACCACAGAACUAGAGGGUGCUCAGAAAUGGCCAGUCUGCUUUCUCAUGGUGUAAGUAGAGGAAAGAGAAUAUUGUGGAAGAAGAAGGACCACAUGCACCUUUGGGAAAGCUCUAAGCCUUGGUAGCUACUUGAACUGUCCUCCCCCUAACCAAGUGGAAAGGGCUCACUUCAGGCCAAGACCAUGGGGACUGAAAUUUAUAAAUCUUUUGAAAAGAAAAUAGGAGGAUCUUGUAGGUUCCUGGAUUUAAACUAGAUGGGGUUAUAAAUAAAGAGUUAAUACCAAGAUUUACUACCGGAAAGUACACCUACUCUUUUCUUCCCACUGUACACACACACACACACACACACACACACACACACACACACACACACACACACACACACCCUUUCCUUUCCAGAGCCUAUGACCACAAUGACAGAUGGAAAUCACACUCCCAGGGUCAGCCUGAAGUGCUUAGAAGUGUUGCAUCCUUCAAACAAGACCCUAAUUAGAGUAAGAACCACGGAAAACUGCGGAGCUGGAGCAAAACGCGGAGCUAUCGAUAACGUUCUACCUUUCUGCAUCCAGUAACGGAAUGCAAAGUUUAAUGCCCACAGGCCCCAGGACCAAGGCCAGCGGGGAGUUGGGUGGGGUGGGGGGCUUGAGAUUGAUUGGAUUGCAAUACCAGAAUGAGGCACGAGGGGACAGCAUCUCUUCAUCGGCCUGAGUACAUCGUCCGAGUACGUGUGACAUUGCCCAAGAGCCACUCUCCCAACAAUUUCCAACUUCCCACAAGUAGAGCAGAAUAAACUGUGUCCAGGAGGGCCCCUGGGACCUCGGAAUCACCCUUGUUCUGAAAUCUUGGGGAGAGGAGUAAAGACAGACUGUGGGGAGGGCAGAGCGGAGAGCUAGACAGGGAUUUACUGGGACUCUACUGGAGAAAGAUAUCCAUAGGGAGAACAUCAGUAGCAAAGGCGAGGCGGGGCGGUGGGGAGGGUGAGUCGGGUGGCUACAGUUCGCUCCUUGUUCCGUACUCCCGGUGCCCCCAGCCGCGGCUCCUGUAGCUUCCUCCUUUUCCUCCUCUGUCGGUCCGCAGACUCACAAGCCUGAGAGAUGGGAUGGCGACCCAGGGGUUUGGAGUGCAUGGGGAGGGAGGGUGAACGCCUUCAGACUUAACUGCUCCUUGCAUCCCUUUCCCGAAAAAGUCUGCUAAGCCUCCGGUCUAACCUCCUGGAUAGGAGGGAGGGAAAAGGAAAAUGGGGAGAGGAAGGGAGGACGAGAGAACAAUCAAGUUGAGGGCGUGGAGUAGAGGUCAGCACGGGAAUUCCUCUCCCUCCCUACCCAUCUCUUGCUGGCCGCUCCUUGGUCCUGAGGCCAACCCCAGGAGAACACCCGCAGAGCAAGAAGGCGGUCCGAUGUGGCUCCCCUGGCUCGGCGGGAUGUGGAUUCCAAGCCGGAUGAUUCUCCGGUUGUUGCUUCUGCUCUCGGCCGUCUCUUCUGGACUGCUGUUCACCUUUUACUAUUCAGCCAACCAUUUGACCAGCAGUCCCCCGCAAAAAACCAGGGACAUAUCAUCUGUAUCUACCAAUGCUUGGACUAGAAAGCACCAGUCCUGCAACCGCCCACUGGUCCCUGCCACUCAACAACACUACCUUUUCAAGCAUAAGUUUAACUUCAGUAUCCCAGUGCUGCUUUAUGGCAGGCUCUUCACCCAGGAGCUCUGGGACCAACUGAGUCAACAGAAUGCCCCCUAUGGCUGGCGGGGGCUUUCCUACCAAGCUAUCGCUUCCACCUUGAGCCUCCUGAAUACCUCAGCUAAUGCUCAGCUGUUUGAUUUCUCUGUGAAACAACGGCUGGGUUGCAUUCGAUGUGCUGUUGUGGGAAAUGGUGGCAUUCUCAAUGGGUCCCGUCAAGGUCUACAGAUUGAUUCUCAUGACUUUGUCUUCAGGCUCAAUGGGGCUGUGAUUAAAGGCUAUGAGAAAGAUGUGGGCACCAAGACUUCAUUCUAUGGUUUCACUGUGAACACAAUGAAGAACUCCCUGGGAGCUUACAAGCAUCUGGGCUUCACUUCAGUGCCCAAGCACCAAGACCUGCACUAUAUCUUCAUUCCUUCAAAUAUACGGGACUACCUGAUGUUAAAGUCAGCCGUUCUGGGGGUGCCUGUUCCUGAGGGCCAUGACAAAGGAGAUAAGCCACAGACCUAUUUUGGACCAGACACCUCUGCGAGUAAAUUCAAGCUGUUGCAUCCCGAGUUCAUCAACUACCUGAAAGAGAGGUUUUUGAAAUCAGACCUCAUCAGUAAAAAGUAUGGGUACCUGUACAUGCCCAGUACUGGAGCCCUCAUGUUGCUGACAGCUUUGCAUACCUGUGACCAAGUCAGCGCCUAUGGGUUCAUUACAAGCAAUUACCAGGAAUUUUCUGACCACUAUUAUGACAGCAAGAAGCAGCCCUUAGUGUUUUACGUCAAUCAUGAUAUGCACAUGGAAGGCAAUCUGUGGAAGAACUUGCACGAUGCAGGCAUCAUGAAUCUUUAUCAGCGCUGAAUCCAAAGCCAAGCCAUGAAGUACUCCAACUGCCAAGCUCAGCAUUUUCUUACAAAGUCAUUUACGUUUCUGAUAUGGAAAACCAGUACUAGGUUAAGAAUUAGCAAAUGGUUUGCAGAGGCAUUAUCUUGAAAUGGAAAAAUGCCCUACCCACAAUGGAGAUGAAAAAACAAUCGUAACAUGCAGCCGGGGGCAUCGUGCCUUGUUGCUGAUUUUCUCGCGUUUUAAAAUCACAUCCUCUACCCCACAAAACAGUUCAAAAAGCCAAAAAAAAUUUCUUAAAACAAAACUUCAAACUCUGCCCAGAGACAACCAGAAAGCAAUAUUAAAGAACAGUUCAACAAGAAUCAUUCAGUAAGAUAACAGCAGGUCUCUGAGGAUAACAAGAUCAAUUCCUGCAAGAUGAAUUUCUGCCCAAUAGGGAGGGGAGGGGAGGCACUCCACCUGAUGAAUGGGUGGAUAAUUGUAAUUGGAAACAUUUUACCACUCUGUAUAAUUACAUAAAUAUUAAACGAUC